ACUCUUAUGUGCAUAAACCCGCCCCUUUUUGAGGUGUAUCAGACGCUGUUAAGCCCCACGCAGCAUCAUGUGGCGCUCAUCGGUAUGAAGGGGCUCAUGGUGCUGGAGCUGCCUAAACGCUGGGGGAAGAACUUGGAGUUUGAAGGUGGGAAAUCCACGGUGAACUGUAGCACUGUUCCUAUUGCGGAAAGGUUCUUCAGCAGUUCAACAUCUCUGACUUUAAAACAUGCUGCCUGGUACCCCUGGGAGACGUUGGAGCCCCAUGUUGUGCUCUUGACUUCAGAUAACACUAUAAGGAUUUACAGUCUGAAGGUACCUCAGACACCCGUCAGAGUGAUUGCCCUUUCAGACACCAAGGAGGAGACUCUUACAAUCAAAAAAGGGAGAGCCUACACAGCAUCGCUGGGAGAGACUGCGGUGGCGUUUGACUUCGGCCUGCUAAUGCCGGUCCCAGAGAACAUCGCCGGACAGCGAGGGAGUGAAGAAGUGUUGGCCUAUCCGCUUUACAUUUUAUAUGAAAAUGGAGAGAUGUUCCUCACGUACAUCAGCCUGCUGCAGAGCACUGGAAGUCUCGGGAAGCUGCUUGGCCCUCUGCCCAUGCACCCUGCUGCAGAAGACAACUAUGGCUAUGACGCCUGUGCUGUCCUUUGCCUGCCUUGUGUUCCAAACAUCCUGGUGAUUGCCACCGAGUCGGGAAUGCUCUAUCACUGCGUGGUACUGGAUGGAGAAGAGGAUGAUGAGCCGUCAGAAAAGUCAUGGGACCCAAGAUCUGAUCUUAUUCCUUCCCUGUAUGUGUUCGAGUGUGUUGAGCUGGAGCUUGCACUGAAACUGGCAUCAGACGAAGAAGAUCCUUUAGAGUCUGAUUUCUCUUGCCCAAUCAAGCUGCAUCGAGAUCCAAAAUGCCCCUCGCGGUACCACUGCACACACGAAGCUGGUGUCCAUAGCGUGGGGUUGACGUGGAUCAAUAAACUGCACAAAUUCCUCGGCUCAGAUGAAGAAGACAAAGACAGUUUACAAGAGCUGGGAGCGGAACAGAAGUGCUUUGUUGAACAUAUUCUUUGUACAAAACCGUUGCCAUGCAGGCAACCUGCUCCAAUUAGAGGAUUCUGGAUCGUUUCUGACAUCCUGGGGUCCACGAUGAUCUGCAUCACAAACAACUAUGAGUGUAUUACGCGGCCUCUCCUGAGUACGGUCCAUCCCGCAUCCCCUCCCCUGCUGUGUACCAGAGAAGACAAAGAUGUGGCUGUUUCCCCGCUCCGUAUCCUGGCUGAGUCACAGCAUUCCUUUGAGAAGCAUAUCCAGAGCAUCCUCCAGCGCAGUUCUGCCAAUCCCUUGCUUCUGAAGUCUGCUGAUAAAGAUGCUGCUUCUCCCCCUGAAGAAUGCCUGCAGCUUCUCAGCAGAGCCACGCAAGUGUUCAGAGAAGAAUAUAUACUGAAACAAGAUCUGGCAAAGGAGGAAAUUCAGCAGAGAGUGAAGCUGCUGUGGGGACAAAAAAAGAAACAGCUGGAAGAUCUGAAUUACUGUCAGGAGGAAAGGAAGAGUUUGCGGGAGAUGGCUGAGCGCUUGGCUGACAAGUACGAGGAAGCCAAAGAGAAGCAGGAAGAUAUCAUGAACAGGAUGAAGAAGGUACUUCGGAGCUUCCACUCUCAGCUUCCUGUUCUGUCAGACAGUGAAAAAGAUAUGAAGAAGGAACUGCAGACGAUACACGACCAGCUGCAGCACCUGAGCAAUGCAAUCAGACAGGUUAAAAUGAAGAAGGAAUACCAGCAGAAGAUGAUGGAGAAGGGGAGCAGCCCCCGCAAAACCAGCAUCGCCCUCAGUGCCUACCAGAGCAAGUGCAUCCAAACCGUCCUGAAGGAAGAGGGAGAACACAUACGGGAGAUGGUGAAACAGAUCAACGACAUCAGAAGCCACGUGAACUUCUAA